AUGCUGGAAGACGAGGAAACUGCUGAGUUAUUGAAACGACGUGCUGCUCAUGGUCUCGAUCGGCCACCAGGCUCCCGGUCCAUACUUACGCAAGCGACAACUUCUGAGAAGAUCCUGUGGUUCAUAAAAACACCGAUCAGAGCUGUUAUGUGCUUGUCAUUAGUGACGGUGUUCUUCCUUACGUAUUUUGGAUUCAUGAUUCCAGUAAUGGGGUUGCGAACUAUUUGGCCACGUCUAUACUGGUUUGUUGAAGGCAAGCUUUACCGGUGGUUGCAAGGAUUCAUUGGGACUUGGGGAUAUACUGCUGGAUACGACGGUAUGUUUUGGCAGCUAAUAUAUUCUUUGUAUUUCGCAUUAUCCUAUUUUUUUCUUUCAUUGUACCUUUGAAU